GGCUUAUUUAGUCUUCGUCUUUUAUCUUUUCCACCUGUGGCCACAGAAUUGUUCUUCUUACAUGCAUUUAUAUCAGACGGUAACUUAUUUUUAAGCUACAUCCUCGGGCAAUUGAAUUAUGGAGGACACAGAAAAAUUUUUAUUCACAUUUAAAGGAUUUAAUUUUACAUGUUAUGGAAUUGAUGUUGACUUUUUAGAAAAUCUGGAUGAUUUUGAAAUCCGAGAUGAUGAUGUCUUCAUAAUCGCAUACCCAAAAUCUGGAACCAUGUGGGCUCAGCAAUUACUAAGCCUGAUUUAUUUUGAAGAGCAUCGCAAAAGAUUGUCAAAUGUGGAGACAGUUGGUCUAGUGCCCUUUCUUGAAUACAGUCUUGAACGAAGAAACUUAGAGAAAAUACCAUCUCCUCGACUGUUCUGUAGUCACAUUCCGUACUACUUGGCUCCCAGAGGGCUGAAGAAUAAAAAAGCCAAAAUUAUUUAUUUAUACAGGAACCCUAAAGAUGUUAUGUGCUCAUUUUUUCAUUUUUCAAACGUAAUGAGAAUAUUCAAACCAUCUGCCAAUAUGGAGGAAUUUAUGGAACUCUUUUUAAAAGGGAAAGUAACUGGAAGCCUUUGGUAUGACCAUAUCAAAGGUUGGUAUGAGCACAAAAGUCACUUCAAUAUUCAGUUCAUAAUGUAUGAGGACAUGAUAAAGGAUCUGAGAAGUUCUAUUUUAAAAGUCUGUAAAUUUCUGGGGAAAGAAUUGAAUAAAGAAGACAUGGAUGCUGUUAUGAGUCAGGCCAUGUUUGAAAACAUGAAGUCUGACCCACGUGCAAAUUAUGAAAAUGUGUUAAAGAAGCGACCUGAAAUUGGAGGAACAGAUGGCCAUUUCCUUCGCAAAGGUACCAUUGGAGACUGGAAAAACCACAUGACUGUUGCCCAGAAUGAAAGAUUUGACAAGAUUUUCCAAAGGGAGAUGAAGGAUUUACCCUUGAAGUUCAUCUGGGAUAUAAAUGAAGAGAAUCCUAAACUCAAGCCAAAUAUUUUAAGAACACACAUUCAGAAAGAAACAUUUAAUGAUGCACUUUAAUCUUUGACUAUUCUUGGAUCACAACUAGAAACCUUAAUGAUUAAUAUAUAGUAAUGUAGUAAUUCUAUAUCCUUUAGCAUAUGUGGCCUGUUUUCCAAUUCAUGGGUUCAUCAAUUUCUGAUGAAGAGAGGAUUCUCCUUAUUGUGUUAGUAUAGAAUUACACUAAAUAUAGUAAAAUAUACUAAAAUAUAUUAAUAAUAAAAGAAUUUAUACUAAAACAAAAGGAAAUUUUUAUUUUACUUUUGAGCAAUUCCUGAGUUCUUGAGUAAAAGAAGAAUUCAUAACAUGAUCAAUUUACUAUCAUAAUGGAAGGUUUGAUUGACUAUUGUAAAAUACUCCUUAUUGUCUUUUUUCAUGUUAAAGAGCUUAAUACUCACAUAACCAUGUAAGUGAAACCUUCAUUUUAACUCUUUCAGGCUUUAUGUUUAACCUAGGAAGGUUUCCACCCCAAAUAUUUUCAUGUAGUCAUAUAACAUAUAUUCAAUAGAUCUAGAUAAUAUACUUAUUUUGUAAAAAGUAAUUUUUUCUAAUAGAUAAAAAAGUGACUCAAAUUGUUUAUUGAAUAGUCCAUCAUUUUCUUACUGAUUAAUAUGGACAUUACCAUGUUCUAAAUAAUUAUAUGCAUUUGAGUUGAGGUGUGUAAAAUGUCACAUUUUUCUCUUAAUAUGGUUUUCUCUUUCAACAUGAUGACAUAUAUAUUUCUAAAAUAACAUCAUAAACUUUACUAAAGAAUAUUCUGGUACUAUGUUAAAUUUUACUUUACAUUUAAAGGUAAUUUAAAAAUUAAACCAUUAUCAAUUAAAUAUUCCCAUUGAG